AUACUGACAGUUCACCUCUGAUUCGCGGCCAAGAUGGUCGCGAACGACUCUCAAGUAACAGCGUAAGAUAAAAAUAUUUUCAUUCUAUGCUGUUGAGCUCGGAUGGUCCACUAGUGUUUUGAUCUAAUUAUUUCGGUCAGCCUAAAAUCAAUUCAUUCAUUAUUGUUAAUUAGAUAUAUUUAUUAUUAAUUAAUAAAAACACUUUUUUAAUGCAUUCAUCAAUUUUAUACAUAAAAAGUGUAUUUUUUUCUUAUGUAAUUUAUUCUUGAAAAUAGAAACAAAGCUUUUAUUUGAUGUUUAAAUGCUUACCUGGAUUUUAUAAGAAUUAAUUGUGAGUGAAAGUUUAAUAUUAAAUGAUUGAUGUAAAUGCAUUGAUUUUAUAUCAAAGCUUGAGUUUAUAUUGCAAUACAAGUCGAACAAACGGAACGUUGAACAGGGGUACAUAUGAUUGGCGAUCAAGGUCUGAUCGGUUAGCGGAUCUUCUUUAAUGGUAAUAGUUGUACAUGUGAGCAACGCGCAAAUAAUUUUGCACGUCUAGUGUACUACAUGCGUUUGAACUUGUGUGUUACAUAUCAUGAAGUGGUGACCGGAAAUAAUUCACAACUUGUUGGCAUCAAUAAAUAGAAGCAAGUUAUGUGGUAUUUGGUAUUUUUAGAAGUGCGAAAAAUUUAUUAGUCUACUGUGAAUAGACAUUCAGGAGAAUUUAUUAGGGUGUUGUUGUUGAUGAUGAUGAUGAUAAUGAUGGUAAUGAGGAAAUCGAGUAAAUAAGCAUAUAUACCUCUUGUAUAAUGUAUAUGCCUAAAAUAUAUCAAAAAGCAAAUGAAAGAACUAAUGAAAGGAGAAGCGGAGAAACAUGGUGGGAAUAGGAAAUUUCAUGAUGAAAACUGGGUCGCAAGUUCGUCGUUGAUGAUUAUUUAUCUUUGAGACACACUUUAAAUUUAUUACUUCAUCAACUUACAGGAUGACUAUAAUUAACUCGGUGUAAAAAAAAGUGCUGAUGAAAAAAAUAAAAAUUGCCGAGUUCAUUCACUACAUACAGAGAAAACAAAAACGAUAAAGUGUACUCUAUAAAAAAUGAAAACACUACAGAAUUCAAGCGUUAAAUAAAUUGGAGACUUGCUUGUAAGUUAGGUUGGUAUAUUGGAAUUUUUCACGGUUGAAAAAUUGCCUUGGAUCAUCGGUCCAUCAUGACGAUAUACUUUGUUCCCCAAUGUGCUCGUUCUGGUGUGGAUAAAAUGCUCCGAAGAAUACGUUACUCGUCGCUGAUCGUCAGUACUUAGUUUUGAUCACGUGUAGUACGUGUUGUAGACUAAUUCGCUGGAGGUCUUGCUAAAGAAGAAAUUCCAUAUAAGUUUAUUUCUUAAAUAAUUUAAACUAACAAAUAAGAAAAAAAAAACAACUAACAUAUUUUUAUAUUUAAUUACAACCGGACGGAAACGAUUAAUUUUAAUUAAAAUGCAAUUGGAAAGAAAAUAAGUCGACAUGGAAUAAAUGUGAUGGUACAUUAAUUAAAUCAAAAAUAGACAAGCAGGAAGACAUUUCUAUUUCCUUCAAACUUCUUCCGCGUUGGUGGCAAUUUAAUUGCAAAAGCAGCUCCUGAGAUUAGAUUCACACAUUAAAGAUUCAUACUUAUUUAUAUUUAGCACUCCUGUCAUCGAGUCUGUGAGCAAUAUACGUUUUAAUAUACGGUCUCUUGAAUCCUCCAAAUUCCAUAAUAUACUGCAUUUUGCUUUGACAUUCGAUUUGAAAAUUACACAGUCACAUACCAGUAUUGUUCGACACUUGACAGGCCACGAUUUUUAAAUGAAAUAUGAAAUAUGGAUUUGCAAUACACCGAGCACAGUUUAAUGUACAAAAAAAGGAAGAGAAAUCCAGAUGUUAUUCAAUUGGAAUGCAAUUUAUAUGCUGAUAUUUUUGGUUAGUCAGUGAACAGUUAUGAUUGUUGGUGAUAACUAUAAUACACAUAUCGCUCGAUAGCGAAAGAUACUGUUACCAAGAGCAUUGUGGUAAUAGAUCCAAUUCUCGUGUUACACACUUCCUUGAGAUCAAGAGAAUCAUUUUCGCGGUCUGGCGCGACUUAUUAUUAUCUAGUAGUCACGCGAUGUGAUUGAUUUGAUUAAAUAAAAGUGACAUGUGAUAUAAAAUAAAUAACAUUUUUAUCCACACUUGAUCACGAAAAUGUGUCUUUCAAUUUCUUAAGAGAGUCAAGCUGAAAUAAAAAAUAAUGCCGCAUUACGAUGAUAGUUUUCUCGACUCACCGAUCUUUCGGAGACGAGCCAAAAGUUACAGUGUCCUUAAACAAGACGUGCCGAAGUCUAAAACCUUUCAAAUUACGGCUAUUCCACUUCUACUGGCUGUGACCAAUCCGACAAGAAGUUUUGCUUUGUCUACAUCUUCCUGCAAUCUUCAAGAGGUCGAAGAGCGAUCCAGUGGAAAGGCGCGGGGUAGCAAAUUAGCCCGACGCGCACGCUCCUUCAAGGAGGACUUUCUCGAGAAAUUCUCGCAGAUGCGUUCUCCAGGAGUCAACUCUGGAGUCAGUGGGGGUGGGAGUGGUGUAACAACCCGUGCUGCUUCGCCCUCAUCACCAAGAACACCAAGGGAGAAACCACCAGUAGUUAACGAUAAUCUUGACAAAAAUCCCCUACGUGAUCUCCACAUUCAUGUACGACAGGUUCAACUUGCUUUACUACAUUUUCGUGAUGUCGUAUCGAAGAAAAAACUUGAAAUGCUGCCGGGCAAUGGCACCAUUGUACUUGAUACCGUUACCACAAUCCACACAGUUCUCAAAUCCUACCUCUUGUAUGAUAAUAGUUCUACUCUGGGCUCAGCAACGAAUCAAGUUUACCAAGCUCUGGCACAACUUCUAAAACUUUGCGACGACGUGUUGUUGCACGGCGAUCAAUCUGUGCCAUGCCCAGCUCUAGAUACUGAGAACGUGACCCACGUGAUAGGAUUAGUUGAGGACGCCGUAAAAAAUUUAGUUACCUUGGCUCAAGAGAAAAUAUCAAAUCGUCAGAAACCACCACCUAUCACCACGAACAACAGGACGUCAAGUUAUGGAACAGAGUUAACUUCUCAGAGGAAUUCUUUACCUGACAUUCCACUAACACCACGAGAAAGACAGAUUCUUGAGCAAACUGCUGCUUCUAGUACAUUGGUACGCAGCUCUCAUAGUUCUGAGUCAAUCCUAAGGGAUUCUAGUCCACCACCCAAACCACCACUUCCAGACAGAACCAACUUAAGUCUCUCCGAGGAGAAUAGCUCUUCGACACCACCACCUUUGCCUCCCAAAAGGCGAACCCGAGCACAACAGUUGUUAGACGAAUCUGACGGCUUCCUGGCUUCAAGUUUGGACCGGUGUUCAUUAAGAAGUCGAUCCCCAGAGGAUUCAUCUUCACUCCUCAGUGCAUCAGCAGGAAGUUUAGACUCUGCUUUAAACCACUCAAGGGACGAAGAUGAAAUCCGUGCUAUUAUGGGACCUAAUGAUGAAUCUCUUAACGAUAGCAUGGACCUUAGUCUUAUGGCUACUAUUCAUGGGUUGCAAUUGAAUGGAACAAACAACUGCAGUGCUUGGGAUGGUUCAGAAACGAGUAUUCCAAGCACAAUGCUGCUGGGUCAGCAAAUACCACAAGAGAUCCUCAGCCCAUUCACUGGUAUUGAUGGAAAAAUGGAAAGACUGUCAACACAAACACAAGAAUCGGGCUUUGUAUCAAUGCAUUCGCAACGCAGUUCUUCACAAAGUUAUACCACCACAUCAAGUCUAACAUCCAAGAGAUCUUCACAGCAAAGUAGUGUCAGCUAUAAUUCGCAGACUUUUAACUCUCAACAGCAGUCAUUUAUGCAGCAAAAAGUCUCAACUGAGAAUGAGAACUCGAUUGUAACUCAUAGAACGACUUCGAGUUCUAAAAACACUAUUACUACCACUAACAUAAGUGGUAAUGGAGACUCAUCACUUUUAGAAAAAUUAGUCAAUGAAAUCAGCAUGAACGAAGACUCAAAUGGGAUUCCACCAGCUCUACCAGAAAAAAGAUCAAAGCGUAAAAAAGAGCGACAGUUAUCUCAAUAUGACAAUGUACCAGAAAAUGAACACUUGUCAACCUGUAGCUUACAUACAAGUUCAAGCGACAGUCCAGACGCGAGUAAACCGCCACCGUUGCCGUUGAAAAAGAGGCACAUGUUCCAAUCAGUGGCAUAUUCCGUAAUGGCGUACAUGGAAAUGUUCGGAAACUGCUCACACAGCACCAACGACUUUAUAUCCGGACUUGGCACGCGACACUCAGUUGCUGCAUAUAAUUCAAUGCAAGCUGAAUGGCAGCAGCAUGAAAUGUCACUUACAACUACUCAGUCUUGCUCUUCAAUGGUUCAUACUUUGACCAGUUUACAUGAUGGAACAAGCAUAUCGAUCAGCAUGAGUCCAACGACCAGGGAAGUGACAAAUAAUUCUAGUCUACCACCAGCCUUACCUCCAAAGAGAUCACGAUCCAUCAGGUCCAAUAUCACUCCUCCACCCAUUUCUCCAAAACCAGCAGUCAGUAUUCCAAGCUUACACACACCCGAUCCUGUUAUAACGUCAACACCUGUAAAGGAAAUAAAAGAAGAACCAAUCAUAAAAAUAGAAAAGAAAGAACGUAUUUCUCCUAAUGUCCUUACUUUGAAUAACAACAAUGUCACAUUGGACGUGUCCCGGUCAUCAUCUAGACCAGGAAGUAAUGCCCUUUCAUCGAUUUCCGUUGAUGACAAUACUUUAGAGCUACGAGAUAUCGAUCAAGAUGAUGGGAUCCUUGAAGAAUUGGAUAUCAGCAAAUAUCUAGUCUUUAAAAAACCAGAGGAAGAUGGUCCGGAUAUUCGAGGUGGACAUCCUGAUGCUUUAUUGAUCCAUGCAACAAAAGCAAAUAAACAUGACGAAAAAGAAUCAGAUUUCCUUUAUCAGGAAGCAUUUUUAACGACGUAUAGGACUUUUAUGUCGCCCUUGGAACUGAUACAAAAGCUACACAAACGACAUCAGAGGUUUUCAUGCUCUGGAGAUAUGAUAAAGCAACGUGCAGCACGAGAAGCUUUUUCAUUACUCGUUCGAGUCGUUAGUGAUUUAACAAUGUCAGAUCUUGAUGACGUACUGCUUCAAACUUUAAUGGAAUUCGUUCAACAAUUGGUAUGCAGUGGAGAUUUAACGAUGGCUAAAGCUUUAAGAGUUAAAAUAUUAGAAAAACAUGCCCUCAAACAAUUGCAAACAGCUCAACCAAUUUUAUCAUCACUCAGUGUGUCAACGAAACAAGCAUCACUGCUUGAUUUCAAGAGCGAACAGAUUGCAGAGCAAAUGACACUUUUGGAUGCUGAACUUUUUAUGAAAAUCGAGAUUCCAGAAGUUCUAAUUUGGGCACAAGAACAGAAUGAAGAGAGAAGCCCGAAUUUAACGAGAUUCACAGAGCAUUUUAAUAAAAUGUCUUAUUGGGCUCGUUCGAGAAUUCUAGAACAUCGUAUGGAAAAUGAAGCAAAAGACAGAGAGAAAUAUGUUGUGAAAUUCAUUAAAAUAAUGAAACAUUUAAGAAAAAUAAAUAACUUUAACAGUUAUUUAGCUUUAUUGUCCGCAUUAGAUAGUGCUCCAAUUAGGAGGCUCGAAUGGCAGAAACAUAUUACUGAAGGAUUGAAGGAAUAUUGUGCAUUAAUCGAUAGUUCUAGCAGUUUUCGAGCAUACAGACAAGCUUUAGCUGAAACACAACCGCCUUGUAUUCCAUACAUAGGAUUAGUUCUUCAAGAUCUGACUUUCGUGCAUAUCGGAAAUAGCGAUUUAUUGCCUGAUGGUACAAUAAACUUCUCGAAACGUUGGCAACAAUUUAAUAUUGUUGAAAAUAUGAAGAGGUUUAAAAAAGGAACAUAUUCAUUCAAGAAAAAUGAACGUAUUAUUACAUUCUUCAACAACUUCAGUGAUUUUCUCUGUGAAGAAGCUAUGUGGCAGAUUUCAGAAAGCAUCAAACCACGUGGUGGAAAGAAACCACAACAGAACUAAAUUAGGUUGUAAGGAAUUCUUUAAUUGCAAACAAUGUGAAAACAGACAAGAUUCAUAAAAGUUGAAUCUUAAAUACUAAUAUAUAUUCACACACACACACAGACACGACAUUUUUAGCUUAUUAUUAAAAAUAGUAAAAGAGUCAGUAUCCUUGAAUUACAUAUUAGUAAUGUUAUUAAGUCAUUAGACGAAAUUUUUCAGCCUCUGUGAGGUGAACAGUUUAUAUCAAUAAUUUUAUUAACUUUAAACAAAAGUAUAGAAUUAAUUUGUGAAUUAAAUGGAUUGAUUGACAUUGUCCGUCAGCAAAGUAUAAUGCCAAAUUGCUUAAAAGAGAAGAAUAAAUUUAUUGUAAAAAUAAUAUAAUAAUAUACUUGCUUUGGACAAAGCAAUUCAUGAAAUUAAAAAAGAAAAAAAAACACGUGUAUGCUGACACGAAAAAAAUCACAGCAUCAUUACAUAAUUUUAAGUAUAAAUUUUUAUUAUUUAUGAGUUCAUCCGGAUUGUACAUGUAUGUAAAUUAAUUAGAUAUAAUGUAUUUACGUUUUUCCAACGUUUUAUUUGGUUUAACGUAUAGCCACGUCCAUUUACAUAUAGUUUACGUAGUUAGAAACAUUUUUAUAGUCAACGGGAUGCUGUUGAUUACACAAGGAAGAACACCAAUUACGUUGAUUGAUGUAAAGAGCCAUCAAGUCUUAAGUCGUGUCGGUCUUCUUAGCACACAACACUAAGACAAAUGGCCUGACUGAGACCAACUGUUACAUAUACUAUUGUAUAUGAUUAUAGAAAAAAUCUUUUGUUGGUGACUUGCUGCUAGUUAAUCAAGCUUUUAGCUUUGAGUCAAGUCCUCUAUUCUCUUUAUGCUAUUAGGUAACCAAUUUCGAGAGUGACGUGAUUUUGAUUGAUAAAUAAUGAAAAUUUUUGCACUUUUCUUUUACAAUACAUUCCAAUUACUGGAAAUAUUGUUACUUUUGAACAUUCACUGAAUAAUAAUAGCAAUAACUCAAUUAUUAUUUACAUUUACACAGUAAAAAAGUUUUAUUUGAAAUUGUUUUUUACAACAGCCAUAAAACUUUUUACUUCAGCAUGUUCAUAAAUUUUAUUUGAAAGCACAAUUUGUUCACUUUAUGUUCGAAGUCGACUUCAUUAAUAAAAACCAAGUAAUUUUUCAAAUAGAAAAGAUAGAGUUAUUAUCAACGAAAAAUUUUUUUUACUGUGUAAUAAAAAAAAGCCUGACAUUUUUUAGCCCAUAGUAUUAAUAAAUGACAUUCAAUUCUAAUAUAAAUUGCUAUUAGAGACAAAAAUAAGAUAAAGAGAAGGACACCUAAUUUAUGAGCAAAAAAAGAAAUCAUAAGAAUAGUAUCACUGUAAAUCAUCCAAUGUAAAUGUGCGUGAAAUUGUAGGAAUGUGAAUGUGAAUUUUGAAUAUGAGUAAUAAGAAUGAUGCGAGGCCUAAGCGAACACGUCCAUACUAAACCCCACAAUAGUAAAAUUAUUACAAGCUCAUUUUAAUCCAAAUAUCACAAAAUAUUAACUGAAAAAUUAUUGUAAAUUAAACAAAAAAAUUCAAACAUCGAGAUAAGAGCAAGACAAAAACAUCAAUGCAAUUAAAGAAAUCUAAUCGCUUUUCAAGUAACGUAGGCUUUCAAUAGUGAUUUGCCUUGUACAAGUAAUAGAAUCCGUUAAAAAAGUAAUAAUAAACAAUUAGAACACCAACUCUGUAACGAAAAGUAGAGGCCGUCAAUAGUAAUACCAGUAAUAAUUCACUAAGACAAUUUUUACAACUUCUAUAAACAAAAGUAAAAUAGAGUAAUUAAUACCAAUUUGAUUUAAUACAUUGGACACAUUGCGCCAUUGCAUAAAAUUUAUAAUUGACUGUUCUAUGAAAAUAGCAAUAUCUUUUCAGUUAAUCUAAAAAAAGAAUUUUAAAGACGUCCGAAAUGGAAUAUGGUUCGCAAUUUUGCAUCUUUUUGGAGUUUUUUAAGAGAAUGUUUCACUUGUGCUGAUAACAGCAUUGAAUAAUUUUUUCACAUUUUUGUUAGGUUGAAUGCGUAUACUGAAAUAUCUAAUAUAUAUAAAUAUAAAUAUAAUAUUUAAGAAGUUUUAUGAAUGUUGUAAAUACUUUAAUUGUAUCAACUGUUUCUUAUUCUAAAAAUCAUAAUGUAAAUAAUUGUAAUCGUUGUUAAAACAAUAUUAUUAAAAUACAAGGACUUAUCAACGUCUACAGCAGAUAAUCUAACAAAAUUACAAUUAUUUACUUUAUUAAUUCUCGGUAAUAAUGAAAAAUAAAACAAAAGAAAAAGAAGAACAUUGUAAAUGCGUGAGGCUUACAAUGAUAAAUUAAUUUUACACAUAACAUCGAGGCCAUAAUUUUAAGUUCAAUGCAAUUAUUGUGAUGCCAUAUUAUAUUAGUAUAAACGUGUAACUAAAAUCUUUAUAUAUACAUAUAAUAUACAUAUUGAUUUUAUUUAACAGAAUGUUAAAAGAUAGGUAAAUAAUUUCAUU